GCGUUAACGCUGUCAAACGUCCCCAAACGCCGCUAGAAAAAAACGGCUUCGAACAUGGGCUUCGAUUAAGUGUAGAGAGUUGCAGCACUAUUCUUUAUUGAACUAAAAGAACCGAAAACAUUUUUUUUUUCUGUGGUCGUCUGGCUGGAACUCGCCGUGUUGAUGCUUCUGGCUGCGUUGGUGUCAUGCCGCUCGCCUUAAAACGGAAAUUCAGAUAUCGGAGUGUUGCAGAGUUGCGUGAACGAAUUGAGAAAGGUGCCACUGCGCGAUCCGCCGCGGGGUGCCAGGUACGGGCGUGAAACCGGUGUAGUUAGCGAGCCGACAUGGCUAAUGCGAUGGGCAUCGAGCUGGACGAUGAGAUUAUCGUGGACGAAGAGACACUCAACGCGUUUGUGAACUUUCCGCCCGAAGUUCAGGCUGCCAUAGAGCAAGUAUUUCCCAGUACAGACCCACUGGACAGCCCAAACUUCAAUCCAGUGGACUACAUCAACACACUGUUUCCAACGGAACAGUCGCUUGCCAAUGUUGAUGAAGUCAUUGCACGAAUGAAGACAAAAAUCAGGCGCUUGGACGACCAGAUCCGGACAGUCGUUCGCGGCCAGAGCAACCUUGGCUCGGAUGGACGGGCAUCCUUGGAGGAGGCACAGCGUUCUAUCCACCAGUUGUUUCUUUGCAUCCGUGACAUCAAGGAGAAAGGAAAGUCUGAACACAUGGUGAAGGAGAUCACACGAGAUAUCAAGCAGCUGGACAAUGCCAAGCGUCACCUGACAGCAUCUAUAACAACGCUGAACCACCUUCACAUGCUCGUGGAGGGUGUGGAUGGCCUCAAAAAGCUGACUCGCAAGCGCCAAUAUGGAGAAGUGGCUAACCUUCUUCAAGGGGUAGUCAACGUGCUGGACCACUUUCAGCCGUACAUGGCCAUCCCUCAGAUACGCAAGCUUGCCGAUGAGGUGGCCACCAUUCAGUCUGACCUCGCACAGCAAAUAACGGCCGAUUUUCAUGAUGCCUUCACGGGGCCAAAUGCAAAGCAUUCGGCCCCUACACAGCAACUUGCGGAGGCGUGCCUUGUGGUCUCGAUUCUGGACAAGAAAGUGAAGCAGGAGUUGCUGAAGUGGUUCGUGUCACUCCAGCUGGCCGAAUACACGCACCUCUUCCAAGCAAACCAAGAUGUGGCCUGGUUAGAUCGUGUAGAUAGGCGCUAUGCCUGGCUCAAAAACCAUCUUGUCAAGUUUGAAAGCAAGUUUGGUCAACUGUUCCCUGCUGACUGGGAAGUGAGCGAACGCAUUGCGGUCGAGUUUUGCCACAUUACCAGGCGUGAGCUGAGCCAGCUGAUGAGCAGCCGAGUGCAAGACAUGGAGGUGCGUCUGUUGCUCAGUGCCAUCCAGAAGACGACCGGCUUCGAGGCGCUCCUGGGCCGGCGCUUCACGGGUGUCACUCUCGAGCGCACCAAUGUGGUGUCCCCUCCAACACCGGCACCGCCAAUGCCUUCUGCACACUUGUCACAGGCUGAGAAAAGCACCAACCCUUUCGAGGAAGGAAGCGAGGAGAACAACCCUUUCGCUGAGGACAUGGAGAAAGAAGAGAAAACGGCAGCUUCCCCGGCAACGGCUGGCGCAGGAGAGCCAAUGGCUGGCAGCUCAACGCCGCAGCUGUCCCCACCUCAGAUGUCUCUGGCCAAUGUCAACCCAUUCCAAGGCCUUGUUUCGAGUUGCUUUGAGCGCCAUCUGGACAUAUACGUGGAAUCACAAGACAGGACCCUGAAGCAGCUGCUUGACCAGUUUGUGGACGCGGCGCAGCGGGCCCCGCUGCCGCAGCCCGACGUGGAGACGGCCGGCGUCUUGCCCAGCUGUGCCGACCUCUUUGUGUACUACAAAAAGUGCCUCGUUCAGUGCAGUCAGCUGAGCCGGGGGCAGCCCCUGCUCGCACUGGCUCGCGUUUUUGGCAAGCACCUGGCCGACUAUGCCGGCCGUGUGCUCCAAGGCUCGUUGCCCAAGACUGGCAGUAGCAGUAGCAGCGGUGUGACAGCUGCUGGCUUGAUCCAGAACUUCCAGAGCCUCUUAAAAGAAGGGGAGAAUCCACGGCUAACGCCACCCGAGCUGUGUCGCAUCUGCGGAGUUCUCAGCACGGCCGAAUACUGCCUCGAGACUACUCAGCAGCUCGAAGGGAAGCUAAAAGAAAAAAUUGAGCCAAGCUUAGCAUCAAAGAUUGACCUGACUGCGGAGCAGGAUAUGUUCAACGGGGUCAUCAACAACUGCAUACAACUGCUGGUUCACGACUUGGAAGCAGCGUGCGAGCCAGCCUUGUCAACGAUAACCAAGACCAACUGGUCGCUGGUGAAGGCCGUCGGUGACCAGAGUGGCUACGUGACUGCCAUCACAUCCCACCUGCGUCAGACCCUGCCUCUCAUACGGGACAACCUGGCCAACUCGCGGCGAUACUUCACCCAGUUUUGCGUCCACUUUGUCAGUUCAUUCAUUCCAAGGCUGAUCAGCCAGCUGUUCAAGUGCAAGCCCAUGAGUCCUAUUGGUGCUGAGCAGCUCUUGCUAGACACUCACAGCCUCAAAAUGGUGUUAUUGGACCUUCCACUGCUGGAAUCACAGGUGGCCAGAAAAGCUCCUGCAAGCUACACCAAGAUCGUGGUAAAGGGCAUGACCAAGGCGGAGAUGUUGCUCAAGAUGGUGCUGGCACCUCACGAGCCAGCCGAGAGCUUUGUGGAGCACUACACCAAGCAGCUGCCCGAGUCCGACGCCCAGGAGUUCCAGAAAGUGCUGGACAUGAAGGGGCUGAAACGAAGUGAGCAGAAUGUGCUGACCGAAGUCUUCCGUACCCGCAUCCCCACUGCCACCUCAUCCUCAGCCGCACCUUCGGAAGGAGGCACCGCGGCGCAAUUGCUAUCUGCACUGGCCAUUGUCACGACGACCACACCGGAGCAUGAGUCAAGCCGCAUCCGGCGGUUUGAGAAAUUAAUCAAGAAGAGGCUUUAACGAGCCCCGAUCAAAAAAAACAAACUCGCCAGUGAAGGACUUUCUUUUUUUUUGUCUGUCGUGCUUUUCAAGGAAGCAGAGGAGGCACAAAGCUACAAUUAUUUUUUUUCUGCAUUAAUUUAAUUUGGAGGCUGCUUCCUUAGGGAAAUCUUCCAGAUACCGGUGUAGUAUUAGCUGCUGUACAUAUGUAAAGUGACAAGAGUUAUAAAAGUGCCACUUUUGGAAUCUCUGCAUUUCAGUUUCCUGGGCCGUUUUCUUCAAGUUUCAUUUUGGGGCAGGUUAUGACAGCCGUUAGAAAACUUUGCUGUUGAUA